AUGACCACUUCGACACGCGUAUCCUUUGCGUCGCUCACUCCGAACAAUCUUGGGACCGUCCGCAAACUUAACUCGGUGCUGUUCCCUAUCAAGUACAGCGAAAAAUUCUAUCAGGACGUGCUUCUGCCGCAGGCGGAAGAUUAUUGCAAGCUGGUAUACUACAAUGAUAUCCCCGUUGGAACUAUAUGCUGCCGAUUCGAGAAGAGAGAUGACAAGACGGAUCUGUACCUGAUGACCAUGGGCGUGCUUGCUCCGUAUCGUUCGAAGGGUGUUGGAUCCCGAACCUUGCAAAGCAUCCUUGCCGCUGCAGAGAACUCGAAGCCGCGCAUACGCCGCAUAUAUCUUCACGUGCAGGUCUCCAACGUGGACGCCAAACGGUUCUACGAGCGACACGGUUUCAAAGAAGCAGGAGUGAUACCUGACUAUUACAAGAGGAUCGAGCCCCACGCUGCAUGGGUGCUCGAGAAGGACUUGGCGGGCGCGUCCGACUAG